CAAAUCUAAGUGUAUCCUCUGUCAACAUUUGUGCAUCUCCAUCGAAAUCAACAUCGAAUCAGUCAUUAAUUGAAUCGUUGAUAAUGUACGAUCGAUAUCGAAUCCCCUUGGUACAGUGGUAAAUCGGAAUCUUCGGAAUUUCGAAGGACAUGUGACAAGGCGGGUAUGAUUUUGCAGUGAAGUUAAAAUGUCUAGUGACAACGAUCAGAUUCCCAAAUCCGGCAAGCGGAAGAAACUUGUCAUACCUGAUAGUGAAGAUAGUGAUGAAUCCAUUGUGCAAUCUCAUAGAAAGAAAAAAACUUAUGUAGUUAUUAGUGAAGGUGAAUCUAGUGAUGAAGAUUCUGUUGUUCAUAGACCCAGUAUACGUAGACAAAGUCAUAGAGUCAUUGCUGAAGAUGACACAAGUUAUGGAGGCAGCAGCUCAGCUUCAAACAAUUUCAAUCAGUUUGAGGAGAGUAGCGAAACUUGCGAAUGGCAGUCAGAUUGGAGCAGCUCAUCGGAAUCGGAAAAGAAAUGUCUCGUCAAACGGAAAGUUCUAGGGAGGUCAAGAUCCAAGAAACCUCCGAAAAUUGUAUCGGACACAGAUACAGACACCAGUGACGACCAAGUAGAAAAGUGUCCUAUAUGCUUACUGCCAUUUAGAAUGCAACAACUAGGCACUCCCUCUUCCUGUGAACAUUGCUUCUGUUUAGAAUGUCUACUCGAAUGGAGUAAAAAUGUAAACACUUGUCCAGUAGAUCGUCAAACAUUCACAACAAUCCAUGUUAGGGAUGAACUUGGUGGACAGAUUACAAGACAAGUUCCAGUAGAAGUGACGGCUCGUAUAGAAGAUGAGCCUCUGGAAGAUCCUACGUUUUGCGAGAUGUGCCACCAAAGCGAUAGAGAAGAUCGUAUGCUUCUCUGCGAUGGUUGUGACUGUGGAUAUCAUCUGGAGUGUUUGACUCCUCCAAUGAAUGAAGUACCCAUGGAAGAGUGGUUCUGUCCAGAAUGUUCACAGAAUAGUCAAAACGAUGCUGAAGCUGUGGAAAUUGAUUUGGACGAGAUCUCAGAUUUAAUGGAAGAGGCUCGCAGGCUUGGCGUUUCUUAUGGCCGAACACGUGCUGGCAUGCCUCAAGAUGCACAGCCAAGAAUUGUACCUCGUACUAGACAUACAGAGCGUGUUAGAGCUACAAUUCGCAGAAGAAAUAGAGUUUAUGACAAUCCACAACCAACCCGUCGACUAUCGUUCGAUCCAAAUCAACCCACCACCUCUUCUGGUUUGGAAUCGUACGGAGAUAACAGUCGAAGUCGUUCCCCAAGCAUUGCUUCUAAUUCUUUGGGGUCUGGAGAUCGAAAUUGUUCUGAUAUGAGUUCUAGAAAGUCACGGAACACUCGACGAUUUCGAAGCAGCUCGAGCGAGUCUAGCGACGAAAGUGUUUCCACGAACCCUAAACGAAGAUUCAGCGAUGGAAAUAAACCGAACCGUUCUGAUACUAGUAAAUCGAAGGGUAAUUCUAGAAAAGCGGGAACCGCCUCGAAGAGCAAUCGCAAAAGCAGUAGCAAAAAAUCUGGGAGUAGUUCGAGAAAGAGUGGAAGUAGGAAUAAGUCGAGGAAAUCGUCGGGUAGGUCAAAAAAUGUUUCCAGCAGGGGCACGAUAUUGAAGGAAGUUAGAAUUACAGAACGUAAUGAAGAUGGGGAGGAAGAGGAAAUUGUGACGUAUGUAAAGGUGGCUGCGAUUGGUAUACGGAAAAAGAAAACAAAACGGAGGAAGAGGAGAAGGGUCAGACGUCAAGCAAGAACUGUAUCCAGCGUUUUGGCUAGUACCAAAAAGAGGCUUGCAGUUUCUUUGGGUAUUUGUAAACCAGUCAAAGGUGUUCCAGUUUUAGUACCUACCGUUAGAAGUCGUACAGUGUUGCCAGAAAGAUCCGCGUUAAACAGUUCGCGAUACAAUGCCGGAAUCACGAGGCUUAGUCUUCUUGGAGAUGGCCUUGGUUUGAAUUAUAGUCCCUCGGGCUCUGACACCGAGGAUUACCAAACAAGUAACGGUCCCACCAUAACCAUUCACAGACGUUCUGUAAUGCCUUCUCGAAGACAGCUUCGUAUUAAAAACAUGGCCAGUCCUCAGCAAUUCCAGACUGACCUUCUGAGCAACAUAAUAAGCAAUCAGGAAUUAUGGCAUUCAACAAAUAAUAAUGUGAUCUUAAAGGCUGACGGUCUCUUGUUAGUCGAAAAGAAGGAAAGCUCGGAUGGUCUGAAAAAGGAAAAAAUCGAGGAAAAAACGCCAACUAAAACGGAAAAGACAGUAUCUUCAGUCGUGGAAAAUAGAACUCCCACGGUCGAUGCACCGCAGGAAGCAACUGGAAUUAAUGCAGAAUUGAUUACACAGGCCCCGAUGUAUAAUAAUCCAUGUGGAGGAGGAAAUAGAGGCAAUUUUAGGGGUGGUUACAGGGAGAAUACAAGACACAGUCAUGGUGGUCAGAAUUACGGAAGAGACUCUCUACCUGGAAGUGGAAGACAUAGUUACGGUGGGAGCGGUAGUAAUUUCGGACGGGAUUUCGGACCGCCAGCGUUUUAUAAUCCAAAUUUCGAACACUGUGGUCCUCCUAUGUUCGGAGGAACUCCCCCAUUUAGGAAUCGAAAUCCUCAGCACUUUCGAAACGAAAGAUUCCGUUUCAUGCCACCUGGAAGACCUCCGUUCAAUUUCACCGAAGGUUUCGAACACCAUUCCUUUCCUGAACGAUUCAAUCGUCCUAGAUCACCGCAGCCGCCUGUCGAAAGGCCUCUGAAUAAUAUGCCAGCUAAUUUACCAGAAGACACCAGCGGAAAUCCGUCUGUGGAACAGCAACCGCAAGAUAUUGAGAGUGUUUCGGUUCGACAGGAGGAGGAUUGCGACAUUUAUUGUGACAUCGAAACGAAGUCUGACGGGGAACUUCAAGAUCAGCAAAAUGGCUCGGUGGCGUUGUUACCGCCCCCAGAACCGCCUUCGGGUCUUUUAGAUUUCGACGAAAAUUCUAGAAGCGACAAAGAUAGCGAUCAGGAAUUAGUUAUCGAUGACAGUCAUAAAGAAGACACUCCGAAAAAUGAUAAGUACGAUCCCUUUUCCGUGGAUAGCGACAGCGAUAGUGAAGGAAAACGGAACGAAGAGGAGGAGGAGAAGAAGGAAGAAAAGACGGUAGAAAGUCUUGCACAAACGUCCGAACCUCAGAACACGUCGAUGCAUUUGUGCGCGUAUGACGACGAAGAUGAGGAGGACUCUCAAGCAGACUGUCCCAAUUUCUCAAUUUAUUCUUCUCAAACCAUCGAUUUGGCUCGACACACCGAGCAACAAUUAUCGCAACAGAUAGGACCCCUUGAACCACCUCCUCUUCCACCUUCGAUUCCGGACGACGAUGACGUAAUCGUUGGUGACGUUCAAGCUUGUGACCUUGCCGAUAUCCCGGAGCCUUCGGACCCCUAUGUCGAAGCGUUAAGGAAAGAACGGCAGGCUUUGAGCAAAAUUCCUCCGAAGAAAAUCUCUAACGACAGCAGGGGGAAGAUUACAUUCAAAAUCGGGACUAAACUGAAGAUUAAUAACAGAUUGUUGGGGCUACAGGAGGAGGAAGAGAAAGAAAUUGAAGAGGAAAAGAAGAUUGAGAGUGAGCAGCCAAAGGAAGAAGAAACCACCUCCAUCGACCGUGCAGAGGAAAGGAAGAAAAUUGCAAAGCACAAAUUCGAAGACAUGGAAGUAGAGGAAGAUAAACAAGAGGAAGAGAUCCCAUUUGAACCUGUGAUACGUAUGGACAUUUCAGAUCCCCAAGAGAAGAAUACAGACGAAGAGCCAACAGAAAGGGAAUCGGCAGAGAUUUCUGUAACUGAUAUAACGGAAAUAGAGUCUAAUGUAGAUGUACCCACAGAGGCCACUCAGUUGUUCUCUAAAAAGGCGGAAAAUGAGUUGAGCAACGAGUGUCCCUCGGAACUGGCGUCGGAGGAAAGCUGUCAUUCUCCUCCUGUAUCGUUUCCUAAAACUUCAAAUGCGGAUGUCAGCGAAGGAACAUCGAUCUCGAACGUCGAGGAAGACUGUAUCGAAGCAAAAGUCAAGGAUCCUGAGGAUAUAGAAAAUGAGAAAGAUGAAAAAGGACAACGUCGUCGUAUUGGUGCUGAGGAGGAGGAUGAAGAUGAGGAGGAAGAAGAAGAAGAUGAAGAAGACGAGGAAGAGGACGACGAAGAUGAUGAAAAUAAAAAAGAAAGAUUUCCUAUUGAGAAAGAGAAACCGGAUAAGGAAAGUACAGUUGAGGAAACUGUCGUGGAAAACAGAGACUGGGAAUCCGAUGGAGCUUACACUCCGUGCAAAGAUGAACUUCCGUUGAAAGAAUUGAAAUCUUCGUCCGAACAUUUGCCCCCGAUUGAAAGUGGCCUGGAGCCGAUCACGCCGACAAAAGACAAGCCCGAUGACUUUGAAAGUUGCAGGACACCGGUGGAUUACAACGUGUUGGGCACCGAAGCGAUUUCCGAAACGGACGAGGCAAUGAAUUUCGAGGACGAGCUGACUUUAUUAACUUUACGAAAAGAGAAGGAGAUGGAGGAUGGGGAGAUUAUCGAAGAAAAAACUGCCAAGGAAAGUGAGAAGCUCGAGAAGGAUAGAGAGGAGGAGAAGAAACGCAAGAAGAAGGAGAAGAAAGAGAAAAGCAAAGAGACGGAGAAGAACAAGGAGAAUAUCGCCUCGGAGAAUCAAGUGGCAUGGAAAAAGCUUUCGAAGAGCACAAAGGAGAGAUCGUACAGGGACAAAGAAAAGCGAUCGAAGUCGAAGGAUAAAGAAAAACCGAAGAAAAAGAAGGAGAUGGUUAAGAAGAAGGAGAAAAGGAAAGAAUUGCCGAGAUAUGAUGUUAGAAAAAUUGUUGCGGAGAGACCGUCGAGGCCCAGAAAAGACGAAUAUGGAAGGGACAUUAGAGAGAAAUCAAGACAAAGAAGUCGAUCCAGAAGUCUCAGUUCGAAGCGUUCUAGAUCGUAUUCAAAAAUGCGAUCCAGAAGCAGAUCCAGAAAUAGAAUUCAACGGUCUUGGUCUAGAGAUCGUAGAUCUUACUCGAAAUCUCUUUCCAGGAGACGAUCCCUCUCCAGGGGAAGACGCAAGUCACCAAAACGAAGAUCAACGUCCAGAAGGAGAUCAAUGUCCAGGAAACGAUCGCUAUCAAGAAGACGAUCAAGGUCUGUCUCUCGAAAACGACGAUCUCUGUCGAGAAAACGAUCCAGGCGAUCGGUAUCAAGGUCCAGGAGAUCUCUGUCGAGAACCAGACAGAGAAGAUCAUUGUCGCGAUCCAGACGAUCCUUGUCCAGAUCUCGUGACAGACGUAAGGACAAGAAGAAGUACAAAUCCCGCAGUCGAUCGAAGAACCGCAAGAGGUCUCGGUCGAAAUCACCCAGAAAGUCGUCGAAAUCCAGAGAAAGGAAGCUUCUGAAAAGAAAGGCACAAAGUAGAUCAAGAUCCAGAGGAAGAUCCUGUUCCAGAAAUUGGGAACAAGUGGACAAAAUAGUUGAACAGAAUUUCCCACGUGAAAGAGAGGAAAGGGACUCGUGGAGCGGUCAGUGGACGCCAUCUUGGUCCAGAUCUAGAUCAAAAACACCGCCACACGUGCAACAAGAACAGAUCACAUCCAGAGACUGGUCUCCGGUGUUGGACAACGUAAACGUUCCGCCGAAAAAUUUGACGGUAAUUUUAACAAACAAGGAGGCUAUUAAGAAGAAGAAGAAAGAACGCAGGAAAGAGAGCAAGAAGGGAAGGGACGAGAAAAAGAGGAAAGGAAAGAGAAACAGGACACCGCCGCCCUCGAAGGAAGUAUUCGCCAGCGGCGAUAACAUUUUGGUUAGUGUGUGCUUCAACAAGGACAAUGAGAAUAUUCAAACGGGGGUACCAGAACUGCCCGAAACGAUUCCUCUGAUUCCGCCCCUGAAAUGUCGUCGUAGGGAACCUCUGCAAACCGAGCCACCGAAACGUUCGAAAAAAGAGAAACUGAAAGACAAGCGUUCGAAAUCGCCAAAACCGAAGAAAGACAAGAAGAAAAAGUCAAAAGCCGCUGAGAUUGCGGCGACCAAGAAACCAGUCGCGGUGAUCGAUUUAGACCAAUCGCCGUUCAGGGAGCAAACUCCGUCUCCAAGAGACGUGAUCGUUCUGAGCGACGACGACGAUAAACAGGAGCAACAAAUCACACCGGAUCAGUGUCAACCGUCGCAGAACUCACCGCAGCAGCGAGAACAAUUCGUUUCGCAGGGACCGAAAACUCCCCCGGAACCUCAAAUCAAAUUUUCAAUAAACAAACAGACUAGUAACCUGCGACCAUCGAUGUUGAACCCACUUCUGGAUGAAGAAGAAGAGGAAGAAAUGGAUGAAAGAGUCGAAGAGGAGUUAGAAAUGAGGGCGCAAGAAGAAUUAGAAUUGCGAUUAAAAAUCGGCCCAAAUACACCACCAGAACCGCCAACCUCACCUCCGACCAGCCCAGACGCUUACGAUCCAUUCGAUCCAACAAAGUCCAGAUCGCCGACGCCCGACCCCAGCCAAGAAGCGAAUUCCGGCGAUGAACGAAGAAGAUCCCCGAGGAAGCAUGAUUCUGUGGACGGUAAUAUCCUUGAGGAGGAGACCAUGCAGAAGCAGCAAGAACGGCAGAGUCAAGAGAAACAACUGGAGAAGCCGAAGAUCAUUUCUAUGGUUACCAUCAAAAGAGCGUCUCCGCAACGGGACGAUGCCAAGGAGAACGAAAACAACAAGGAUGUUGCUGUUUCGGCGGGAGGUUUGGAAGGGCCGCAGAGUCAACAAAAUGUACAGAAUCAGAAUAAUCCUUUCAGUGUGAUGAAUCCUGUACUGGCCACGGUAGCCGCGGCGGUACAAAGAAGCAGUGUAUUCAACGCUUCGAACUCGAACACCGGUCAACGUAAUCUGCUCCAGUCGAAUCGUAUUUCACCGAGUAAUCAGCAGAAGCAACGUGCUGGGGAUCGUUCUCAGGCACCAACGGUCUUUGCUAAUUCAGGGAAACCAAGAGGUUCCAAGUCCGGACAGACCAAGAACAACGGACAAAAUGGAAAUGACGCUGCAGAGGCCACCGAUACUGUGGAUAUGUCGUCACCUUACUCGCCGGGUUCGACGCUCAGCGAUGGAAUUUUCGAUCCACCCAGUCCUGGAAACUUCAACAGCUCACCCGGAGCUGGGCCAGCUGGCGCUGGUGGGACCGUUGGUUCACAACCUACAAAGAUCAACAAUUCAAAAACGACGAAAAUCGCGGACAAAAAGGACACCUUCGACGCCCUGUUCGGCACUAUACCAGCCACAAAGACUGCCAGUAAACCGACCAGAAGCAAAAAAUCUGACAAGGAUAAGAAGAAGAAGCCCACGAAUCCGAAAGUUGGUGUUCGCAUGGACGAGAAUCAGCUUCAAAUAUUGGAUGAUCUACCGAGUUCCGCAGUUGAGAUGCAGGUCAAGGAUAAGUUCCUAAAGAAAUUGAAUCGUCAAGAGCGAGUGGUGGAAGAGGUGAAAUUAGUACUGAAGCCACAUUAUACAAAGAAACAUGUCACGAAGGAAGAAUACAAAGAUAUCAUGCGAAAAGCAGUGCCGAAAAUAUGCCACAAUAAGACGGGAGAAAUCAAUCCGAAAAAAAUCGCUCAUCUAAUAGAAGCUUAUGUAAGGAAGUGCAGAAAUAGUAAGAAGAAGACUACUGAGAGUUCCUCUGCGAAGGCCUCUAAACCCACGAAAAUUCUGUGGAGUUGAUCAUGAGACAGCUAGGCGUCUGUUCAAUUCUCUUCAAUUUCGUAGUUCAUG